CUUGUCACACCUUUAAUCAUACAUUGCACUCUACUAAUUAUUAUUUCUUCGAUUUAUAGCUGGUUCUAGGUCCCUCCCUCUUUUAUCGAUUAAAUUUCGUGAAAGGUGAUACUUUCAAGGGAUUAGAUUAGUCUUGCAAUUUGAUCGAUUUAAGUUCGAGAGUACAGAUUUGAAUUUAUUUAGAAAUUGUUUUCUGUUUUUCUGUUUCUGCAGGCUGAAAUGAUUUUACUAGUGUCCGCGUCCUGUUCCAAUAGUCUGGAGGUGUUUCAUAGUAUAUCUCAGGAAGAGAAAACAUUAACUAAAAGAAAACGGCAGAGACGUAGAGUGACCCACUUCGGGUGAAUUCGAUCAAACAAAAAAAUCUGGGAAUGACGCGGCAGAGUUGGUGGAAAAUCUGGGAAUAACGUGGCAAAGUUAGUGUCGUCAAAGUGUGCCUGCUUAAUCAUUUUAUCAGUAAGCAUGUAGGAGCUUCCAAGGAAAACAACCAACAAAUGAUAGAAGAAAACCAAAAAUAAAAAUUAAAAAAAAAAAAGAUAAAGAUUAACUAGUGUCCAUGGAAAAGGACCAAAGUUAGUGUAGUCGAAGUGUGCCUACUUGUGAUGAAAAAACCGGAGCACGAGCAGAACAAUGUCACCUUCAACUGGAUCUAGUUUCUCACUAUCCAUAGCAAUAAUCCUAUUAUCAACUCAAGUCUGGGCUGAUUCAGAUUCGAUUGAGAGAAAAUUCUACUACUGUGUUAAUCCCCAUACUAUCCCUCCUGUACCUUUCUCCAAAACAUUUUUCACCCCCAGAAAUGCUUCCUUCACCUCCAUUCUUAAUUCCACUGCACAAAACCUUAGGUAUUUGGCACCAUCCGAGCCUAAGCCAAAGCUUAUAUUCACACCAUUGGAAGAAUCCCACGUUCAGGCAGCCGUCAUAUGUGGGAAAGAACUUGGGAUUCAGCUUAGAAUUCGCAGUGGAGGCCAUGAUUAUGAAGGCAUGUCUUUCACUAGUGUCACUGAAUCAGUGCCAUUCAUAUUGCUCGAUCUUGCAAAUCUUAGAUCCAUUAAUGUAAGUAUAGAACAAAACAAUGCGUGGGUUCAAGUGGGUGCGACAAUUGGUGAAGUUUAUUACAGGAUAUCCCAGAAAAGUCAAUGCCACGGCUUUCCGGCAGGACUCUGCACCAGCGUUGGUGUCGGUGGGCACAUCACCGGAGGUGGAUAUGGUCCAAUGAUGAGGAAAUACGGGCUCGCCGUCGACAACGUUGUCGAUGCGCGAAUAGUUGAUGCCAAAGGAAGAAUUCUUGAUAGGAAAUCAAUGGGGGAGGAUUUGUUUUGGGCAAUUAGAGGUGGAGGAGGAGGGAGCUUCGGAGUCCUCCUGGCUUGGAAACUCAGAUUGGUUCCCGUUCCGACAAUUGUGACUGUUUUUACAGUACCAAAAACAUUGGAACAAGGAGCAACAAAACUCCUGUAUAGAUGGCAACAAGUUGCUGAAAAUCUCGACGAAGAUCUCUUCAUCAGAGUCCUUAUCCGGGCUGUGAACGUGAAUUCUACCACUAAUCAAUUAGGCCAAAGGACAAUACGGACUUCCUAUCAGGGAUUAUUCCUUGGAAGAUCUGACAGACUUUUACAAGUAAUGAAGAGAGGAUUUCCUGAAUUGGGAUUAUCCCAGAAGGAUUGUAAAGAAAUGAGCUGGAUUGAAUCGGUUCUGUACAUCGCCCAGUAUCCGAGCAGUCUCCGGCCUGAAUUUCUGAUUCAGGGGAAAUCAUAUUUCAACAGGAGUUACUUCAAAGCAAAAUCUGACUAUGUAACAGAGCCAAUUCCAGAGCAGGUUUUGGAAGGAAUUUGGGAAAGGUUCCUAAAGGAAGAUUCACCGUUGACCAUUUGGAAUCCUUACGGUGGGAUGAUGAGUAGAAUCUUGGAAUCUGCAACCCCAUUUCCUCAUAGAAAAGGCAGAAAGAUUAUGAUCCAGUGGGUGACGCUAUGGGAAAGUGAAGACCAGGAUAGAGCAAACAAACACAUUGAUUGGAUCAGGGAACUGUACGAUUUCGUGGCUCCGUACGUUUCCAAGUCCCCGAGAGAAGCUUAUGCCAAUUACAAGGAUCUUGAUCUGGGAAUAAACGACGUCGAGGGUGACACGAGUUUGAAGAAAGCCAGCAUUUGGGGCAGCAAAUACUUCAAGAACAAUUUCAAAAGGCUCGCACUUGUGAAGACAAAAUAUGAUCCUGAUAAUUACUUCAGACACGAACAGAGCAUUCCAACCCUUCGGGUCUUGUCUGAAUGAUCCAUCUAUUAUUGGUCACGGUAAAUUAGUAACAAUAAGAGUAGUAUUCCUUUACGCAAUAAUCUUGAGUCAUGACGGUCGAACACUCUGAAAAAAUUUAUAUUUGUUUUGUUUUUUUAGUGGGUAUUUUAAAGUAUUUUUUAUAUUGUGAAUGUAAAAAGAUAUAUUGAAAAUGUAAAAAAUGUAUGCUGAAAUGAGACAGUUAUUAAUAUAUUAAUUUAAAAAAAAAUCAAUCAUGUUCUUGUUUACCUUUUCGUGACGAUUGAAAAAGAGUAAUAGUAAAUUAGUAAUAAUUAGAGUAGGUCAAAUUUACCUUUUCUUAUGUUACUUUCUUGCUAGUUUUUUUCUAUGUAGGAGUUUUUGCCUACUAUUUUUGGUGUUUAUUUUCUUUCGAUAUGAAAGUUUAGCUCUCUUUUAUGGAGAUUUUUUUAAUCUUUUUAUGUUUUAGGUGUUCUCCUCAGCAAAUAUGAUGAAGAAGAGGGAGAUUUGAAGAAAGAAAUACAUUACGAAGAUGAUUAAAGACAUCCA